UAAAAGGAGGCUUUACGGUGAGGGGCAGCUGAAAAGGAACCGUGUCCUACAUAAGUGUCCAGUGAUCCAGAUGUAUUCUGACUGAGUUUUCACACAACAUGGGCACCGUCGAGACAAUGUUCUUCAGGAGACGUCCGAGCGAAAUGAGAUGUUUUCUUCCCUUUGCUACUUUGAUUUUAUUAAGUGCCAUCGCUGAAGGAGCUCAGGAAAUAGAUCUAAACAAUGACAAUGCGAUUGCAACGAUCAACCAUUCUUCAGUCCUCAUUGAUCACCUUCAGGGGCUCCUGCACAAUUCCAACUCAAGUGACAUCAUGCUGAAAGUCUACACGGCGAACUCAGAUGAAGUCAAAGUCUUCCACACUCACCACCUUCUUCUCGUCCUGCAGAGUGAUGUCUUUGAGGACCUCCUGCUGAAUCAAAGUAUCACCACUCUUGUUCUGCGUGAAACAGCUGAAUGUGCUGUCAUUUUUGAGAAACUACUCAGAUACUUGUACAGUGGUGAAAUCACCAUCCUUUUGAAUCAAGUUGUCUCACUACAUAAACUGGCCAGCAAGUACCACAUUGCAGCCCUGCAGCAUGGCAUUAUUGAAUACAUGACUCAACACCUUGCCACUGCUUUUCCACAAGGCCAUGUGGUCAGGUGGUAUCAUUACUCGGUCAGGAUAGGUGACGAAGAACUACAGGAAAGAUGCAAGCGGUUUCUGGCUUGGAAUAUGUCCAGUGUCAUUCACAGCCCAGAGUGGCAAACAGUUAGCGAUGACCUGAUGAUUGCCCUGCUCCAACGCUCCGAUCUGGUUGUGGAAAAUGAACUGGAAAUCUAUUAUGCAAUCGAAGAAUGGAUAAAGAAGAACCAACCUGAUGUCACAGUCACAGACACCGUUCUCAAGUCAAUCCGUUACGCCAUGAUCAGCCCCCAGCAUCUGUUCCACAUGCAGAAGCAAUCACCCAUCAUCAACGAGCAUUAUAGUUCCGUCCACGACUUACUUUUCCUUGCUUUCCAGUUUCACUCCACCACACCCCUGGUGUUUGCCAAAUAUUUCGAUGUCAAUUGUAGCCUCUUUAUACCAAGGAAUUAUUUGUCUAGUUCCUGGGGAUCCCCAUGGGUGAUCAAUAACCCUGCUCGAGAUGAUCGUAGCAACAGCUUCCAAACCCAGCUGACGGCCAGUAACUCCGACUCGAGCAAAAGGGUGACAUGGAACGCUCUCUUCUCACCAAGGUGGAAGCCCGUCAACUCCAGGCACUCUCACUCUUCAUAUAGUUAUGGAGCACUCCAGACCCGCAGCCCAGAAGAUGGUAGGCCAAGGAUAAUAAUCAACCCUGCUACCAACAGCGUUGGCUUUGCAGGAGUCAGCUUUCAGAAGACUAUCUUGGUGAAAGUGCAGCAAGAUGGAAGGUCCUACGUGAAGCACGUGUAUAAUUUCCACCAAAGUACCCAAGAAACCGGUGACUUCCUUUUUCAAGCUGAUCUCCAGAAACGUUCCUCAGAGUACUUGAUUGACAAUUCUCUUCACCUUCACAUUAUCAUUAAACCCAUUUACCAGCCAUUGAUUAAAGUGAUAAAUUGAUUAAAUGAUUGGUUUCGGAAGAAGAGGUUCAUCCAAAAACAGUCACUGUAAAUAAAGUCUAGUGCAUGUAGAAACUGGGAAACCCUAACUGCCUGAUAGAUGCCUUUUAAUAUAUAACGGUCGGUCCCUCGUCCAUAGCUGACAUUCCAAAAAUUCCACAAUUGAUCAGUCCAUUUCUAGCAAUGGACAAUAGACAAUAGACAAUAGGUGCAGGAGUAGGCCAUUCGGCCCUUCGAGCCAGCACCGUACAGUGUACAAUCCCGUCUACCUGUGCCCUCCGGCAAGUCUGUUAACAAAUUGAAUGGUUGCCGAUAGUUGAAAGUAGACCACACCAGCAAAGAUGACUAGAAAAGUUGAUAGAGCCUCCAAGAAAUGAAAAAUAAAAUGUUUAGAAUCUAUUCCACUUAUUAUCGUGUAAUUAAAAAUCAUGAUCAUUUGUGGCCUACUGUGUAUAGUGAACAUUUUCCUACCCUCUCAAGGGUCCUUUCAUUGGCCAAGUAUUUCCUUCAUGAAAUGUACACAAAUUUUAAGAAUAAUUUGGUGAUGUAAUAUUCCCCAAAUACAACCUAAUACUCACUUAUUUUGUUUAAUGACAAUAAAACUAGAUUAAAAUUUACAACCUGAAACAUCAUCAUUAAGAAAAUAUCAAAUAAUAAGUGCCCCAGUGUAGGAGGUUCAUGCUGUCAACCAUUUUAACAUCGUGCUGGAGUGGCUCAAUGUAUCAGACAGCAUCUGUGGAGGAAACGGGUAGGCGACGUUUCGGGACUCUUGUUCACACUCGACCCAAAAAGUCACCUAUCCAUAUCCUCCACAGAUGCUGCCUGACCCGCUGAGUCAGUCCAGCACUUUGUGCUUUCCUCAAGAUUCCAGCAUCUGCAGCUCUGAGCAAAAACAGUUUGAAUACAUUAAAUAUUAUUUGGACCAAA